AUGGCAAGAAGUAGCAAGUCAGCAGCGAGGACCCUGGAGGAUUUGACGCUCGACUCUGGUUAUGGUGGAGCCGCGGACUCCUUCAGAUCUUCCAGUGCGUCGCUGUGUUGUUCCGAGGCGCAUGGGGGGAACUACUGGCAUCUAACCGACUCAAUGCACAGUCGACACAACAGUCUGGACACUGUGAACACGGUCUUGGUCGAAGACACCGAGAUCCUGGAGUGCAGCGGGCAGUGCGCUAAACUACCCGAGCUUGAGGAUGUGCCAUGGAACCUCGGGGAAGUGGCGAGCGCACUGAACAAGGACGAGGAGAUGAGCUUACCGACCCCUCCGCAGGACGUCCUGCACCGGCUGUCAGUGCUGAUCAGCCGAGUUCUGGUGAGGGUCGCGAAAGAAGCGCAGCGUCUAAGUUUGCGUUAUGCCAAAUGCACCAAAUACGAGAUCCAAAGUGCCAUAAAGAUGGUUCUGUCUUGGAGCGUAUCUAUGAGCUGCAUCAGCGCGGCCCUCAGUGCCUUGUCCUUGUACAACAUGAGCACCGAGGAGGAAAAGUUCAGCCGGGGGAAGUCUGCGCGCUGUGGCCUCAUCUUUAACGUGGGCAAAUUCUUCAGGUGGAUGGUGGACAGCAGGAUGGCGGUGCGGAUCCACGAACACGCAGCCAUCUACCUGGCCGCGUGUGUGGAGAGCCUGUUCCGCGAGGUUUACGGACGCGUGCUGCGCAGUGCGCUUUUGGAGAGGGACAACGGGAUUCCCAAGUUUACAGUGGAAGUGCUGGAGCAAGCCAUCAACGGGGACGCGGAGGUGUGGGGCUCUGUGCAGCCCUGGCAGCACCUGAUCUGUGGCAAGAGCGCAAACGGUGAGUCGCCCCCGGUGGUUCAAUUCAGAGGCUCACGGUCCAUUCACUUUUAUCGCUCCGAGUUGGGAAAAACUUAA